AUGUCCUGUACCUAUCCUCCGGAGGUGUCGUCACUACGUCCUUCAGAUAGGGAUCCUCAUACUACAGUACAAAACCGCAUACGCGAACUCGAGAGUCUUGUGCAUGUCCUUAUGCAAAGGGCAGCCCCUAAGAAUUCCCCAAAUGUAACAUCAUCGAUAGAGGUUACUCAACCACCCACCGAGGCCCCGGGGCCUCGCGCCGUAGAAGGCUCUCCCGAUCCCGGCCCAGGAGCCAGCGGACACGUAGAGCCCUCCGAUUGUGGCACAUUAAUGGAUACUCCUACCGGUACGAGUUAUGUCGACGCUGCACAUUGGACAGCUCUUUUGGAUAGUAUCUCCGAAUUAAAAGAUUGCAUCCAAGAUACUACAGAAUCUGGUUUCCAUUACCAGAUCCCUUCCCAAGUGAUUCCAGACUACGGGCCGAGUCCGCAGUUACUAUAUGGACGUUUUGCGCCGGCUAGCAAAAGCGAAAUUCUAAGCACGCUCCCAGCGCGCUCCGUCGUCGACCGGCUUAUAUUUAAAUUCUUCAACGCAGUUGAUUUAGCACCAGCCCUAGUACAUACUGGUCAAUUCAUUCGCCAGUACGAUGAUUUUUGGCAGGAUCCUUCCUCUGCCCCUAUUAUGUGGGUAGGCCUUAUGUUUGCUAUCAUGUGCCUCUCGAGUCUUUUCUCACUUCCACACGCGGCUCAUGAUCCAACAAACCAACGCUCCGAUUUAGAGGGCGCAGUCCUUGUGAGAGUAUACCGUGAGAAGGUCGUUCAGUGUUUGACACUAGGCAAGUACACAGGAGGCGGGCCACAUGUCCUACAAACUCUUAUUCUUUAUAUCGCUAUAGAGCACCUACUCCAAGAAGAUUCGGAAUUCGGAACUCACCUUUUAUUGAGCAUGAUCUUAAAUCUCGCUAUGAGGAUGGGUUAUCACAGAGAUCCUAAAAACUUCCCAGUCAUUUCAGCUUUCGACGGUGAAAUGAGAAGACGAAUCUGGGCUGCUAUAUUUCAGGCAAACCUCAUCUUUGCCUCGCAAAUGGGUCUGCCGAGCAUGCUAAAGGACUAUCAUGUAGACACGGAAGAACCACAUAAUAUUCUGGACACCGAUUUUGACGAAGGAUCGGCUGAAUUGCCGCUAUCGCGACCCGAGACCGAGCUGACACCGGUUUUAUAUAUUAUUACGCGAUCCCGUGUCGCUCGUCUCUGGGAGAAGGUUCGCGAUGUCGCAACUGAUACCAGAGUCCAUAAGUACGAAGAAAUUCUAGCCAUGGACGACAAAGUGCAAGCUUAUCAACGCAAUAUUCCUCUACCCCUUAGGAUGCAGCCAAUAGCGCAAUCCUUGGCCGACCCUCCUCAUACUAUAAUGCAGAGGAUUUGGUUAGAAAUUUGUUUUCUAAGGCUACAGAUUGUUCUGCACAAAAAAUACUUCAUUGCCCCCGACCAACACGAACGUUACAACCACUCACGGAGCGUUUCGGUAAAAGCAGCUAUGAAAAUUCUGCAACAUCAGCAUCUGGUUCACGAACUAGUUAGUCCAGAUGGUUUAUUAUACGAGGCUCGUUGGAAACUUUCGUCUAUUAUGAAUAACGAGUUUCUUUUAGCGACUAGCAUCAUAUGUGCUUAUUUGAAACAAAUCAUCGAUACACCUGAAAGUGUGGUGGAGGGUAUAAGCAUAGAAGAGAUUAAUCAGCUUCUGAUGAACUCCAUGGAGUGCUGGAAGAAAUUUAGUAUCACAUCGAGGAACGCGCGACGAGCCGUCGAGGCCAUACGUCUAGUCCUUCAAGUCACAGGCACACCGAUAUCAAGUCCUACCGAGAUAGAGGAGGAGCUCAACCCCAUGGCUUUCCAAGACCCUCUUCUUUUAGAUUUACAUUUUCCAUGCCCCUUGAAUACUUUCUACAACGGCGAGGAUUUAACAUCAGGAGGCCAUCCCUCACUAACACCAACUUCAUUCCCCCAACAACCUGCCGAUGAUGAAUGGAUCAACUUAUUCCAACGCGUUUCGACUCGAAUACCGGAUUAGAUGAAGGGUUUAUAAAGGAAAUACAUUAUGCAGACAUGAAGCGCCGAGCAUUGGGACAGGAUACAAGGGGGAGGUCCCGGUAUGUAAAACAAUACAUAGUUCUCCAGCUCCUUUAGCCAAUCCAAACCCAACUCCAAUUCUACAUCAAUGUCUUUGGAAACAAUGAUCUCUUUGUUGCCA